ACAAUUGGUGUGUGGCGUCCACCACAAAAUUAAUAGAGAUGUAUGAAGUGGAUGAGGCACUUUACAAUGUGAGGCACCCUGAUUAUAAAAAUAGAUUACGAUGAUUGGAGAGUUACAAAAAUAUUGCGGAGGUUAUUAGCCGUGACAUAUGGUCUGGGUGUACAGCUGAGGACAUAAAGAAGAAAAUUAAUGGCCUCCGCACAAGUUACUCGUACGAGAAAGCAAAAAUGCAUAAAAGCAAAAGUGGAGCCAGUGCACAGGCGGCGUAUACUCCACAAGUGUACUGGUUCCACAUGCUGAAAUUUUUGAACCAGGCGACAGAGCUGGAUGAGAGUGUUUGCAACACUGAAAGCACUGAAAGUGAAUGUGCUACACCAACUUUCGAAGAAAUGUUUGAGCAUGAGAUGCAAGAGCCUUCUGUCACAUGUAGCGAGCCACAGCGACAGCCCCAGCGUAAAGAGCAGUCACCCACUAAAAGGAGGAAAGUCACAACAGACGGGGCAACAGACGUCAUGGUGGAGGCCAGCAGGACACUGAAGACUGUGGCUGAUAUUGCCAGAACUCUGCCUGUCCAAGAAGACCGCUACGGUACCCUUGGCACCCACAUUGCAACAGAUCUGCGUGAGAUGGAAAAUGUGGGUGGCAAGGAAUUCACAACAGCUACAAUGCACAGUCUGCUGCAGUACUUAAUGGACAGGUGGGAUUUGCUGCAUGCGACAACUCAAGCACAACAAGCACAAUCGUCGGCCUCUGGGUAUAUUGAGGCUGCCUUGAAGCAAGCUGGAAUAGAGGAAGAAGACUUGAUUUUAUAAAUUACAUAUAGGCCUAUAUGUAUAUAAUUUUUGUAUCCCUCCAAUCUUCGUAAUCUAUUUUUAUAAUCUGGGUGCCUCACAUUGUAAAGUGCCUCAUACAUCUCUAUUAAUUUUGUAGUUUCACACACCAAUUGAUAUUUGCUAUGUGAAUAAAAUAAAAUAACAAUUGAUCUUAAUGAACAUAAACUGUAUUAAGAUUUAUUUACCUUCGGACAAUGGUCCUUUAGUGCUUUAUAAAUUGCUUUACACGUUUCAGGUAUUAUUUUACUUAAUGUGCACUGUGGAAUUCGAGUACUGUACUGUAAGCUAGAGUAACUUUCUCCUG